AAAAAUCAAUUAUUUCGACUUUAUUUUCUGCUCAUUUAUAGCAGCUUGGAGAACUUACAAAUGGCUGAUAAAAAAUCACCGGUUGCUGUUGGUAUGACGGUUACACCAUCAAAUCAAGCAAAUUUCGUUGAUGCUGGAUCAACUACAUUGAUGAAUAAACCCGGUGAACCGACAUUCAAAUUGGGUAUUAAUCUGAAUAAAGUUGAAUUCAAGUGCACAGAAGAUCGAAAACCAAUAUCAGUAAACUUGAAGUUGCACAAUCCAAUGGCAGUCACUGUUUCGUACAAAGUUCGUUGCACGUCUGCUGAUAUUUUCCGUGUCCAACCUCCACUGGGAUUUGUGAAACCGAAUGAGACAGUUUCAAUUGUGAUUUGGUAUCAGAAUCAAGAUAAGAAAGAUGCAAUUUCAAAGAAUCACUAUUUCGCUUUUUACCAUACCACCAGCGACGGACGAACUGCUCGUGAAUUAUGGGCAAAUUCGAAAGUUGAAGGUGUUCGUCGUCUCCCUGCUUCGUUUUUGUCGACUAAGUGAACUUUGAAUAAAGAUAUUGUCAUUUC